AGGAGCCCGGGGCGGAGCGCGCCGGCGGCGGGGGGCGGAAGGGCGGCGGGCGGCGGGCGCAGGCCGCGGAGGGGCAGCAGCGAGGCUCGUCCUGUCGCCCGCGCGGGCUGGGGGCCAUGGGCGCGCUCGCCUGAGGCGGAGGUCGCGGCCGGCCGGGCGGGCGGGGAGGCGGCGCGGGCGGGGAGGCGGCGCGGCGGCCGCGGGCCCAGGGCGCCACCAUGUCGCGCUCGGUGCUGCAGCCCAGCCAGCAGAAGCUGGCGGAGAAGCUCACGAUCCUCAACGACCGCGGCGUCGGCAUGCUCACGCGGCUCUACAACAUCAAGAAGCAAGGACAAGUUUGGAAGGCAUGUGGAGACCCCAAGGCGAAACCAUCCUACCUGAUUGACAAAAACCUGGAGUCUGCUGUGAAGUUCAUAGUCAGGAAGUUCCCUGCUGUAGAAACCCGCAACAACAAUCAACAGCUAGCACAACUGCAGAAAGAAAAAUCAGAGAUUCUGAAAAAUCUGGCAUUAUAUUACUUCACAUUUGUAGAUGUGAUGGAAUUUAAGGAUCAUGUUUGUGAGUUGCUGAAUACUAUUGAUGUUUGCCAAGUCUUCUUUGAUAUUACUGUAAACUUUGAUUUAACAAAGAACUACUUAGAUUUGAUCAUAACCUACACAACACUAAUGAUACUGCUGUCCCGAAUUGAAGAGAGGAAGGCAAUCAUUGGACUAUACAACUAUGCGCAUGAAAUGACCCAUGGAGCAAGUGACCGAGAAUACCCACGCCUUGGCCAGAUGAUUGUGGAUUAUGAAAACCCUUUAAAGAAGAUGAUGGAAGAAUUUGUACCCCAUAGCAAGUCUCUUUCAGAUGCACUAAUUUCUCUUCAGAUGGUGUAUCCUCGAAGGAAUCUAUCAGCUGACCAGUGGAGGAAUGCCCAGUUACUGAGUCUGAUCAGUGCGCCCAGUACUAUGCUCAAUCCUGCUCAGUCUGACACUAUGCCUUGUGAAUAUCUCUCUUUGGAUGCAAUGGAAAAAUGGAUUAUCUUUGGCUUCAUUUUGUGCCAUGGCAUUCUAAAUACUGACGCAACAGCUCUGAACCUUUGGAAGCUAGCUCUUCAGAGUAGCUCUUGCCUCUCUCUCUUUCGUGAUGAAGUUUUCCACAUCCAUAAAGCUGCAGAAGAUUUGUUUGUAAACAUCCGAGGGUAUGGAACUUUUGGUUAUUUUAUCUUCUUUUGGGGAAGAUGAGUUGGUAGGCUUUCU